AUUGUUGGGAGAGGUGGUGCGUUCCGGUCCCCAGAGCUUCCAGGCUCUCGGGCAGGACCGGCGGCCGGCACCUGCGCAGCGGGCUCCUGGGCAGCCGGCGCCCGCUGCCAAGAUGCUGGGGCUGCUGGUGGGGUCUUUAGCUCUGGCACUCGCCUUCUUUGCGCUGCUUGACGGCUGGUACCUGGUGCGCGUGCCGUGUGCCGUUCUGCGCGCACGCCUGCUGCAGCCGCGCGUCCGUGACUUACUGGCCGAGCAGCAGUACUCGGGCCGGGUGCUGCCGUCGGACCUGGACCUACUGCUGCACAUGAACAACGCGCGCUACCUGCGGGAGGCCGACGUGGCGCGCGCCGCUCACCUGACCCGCAGCGGUGUGCUGGGGGCGUUGGGCGACCUGCGAGGUCAUACGGUGCUGGCCGCCUCGUGCGCGCGCUAUCGCCGCUCGCUGCGUCUGUUUGAGCCGUUCGAGGUGCGCACCCGCCUGCUAGGCUGGGACGACCGCGCCUUCUACCUGGAGGCGCGCUUUGUCAGCCUUCGCGACGGCUUCGUGUGCGCCUUGCUGCGCUUCCGGCAGCACGUGCUGGGCACCUCGCCCGAUCGCGUAGUACAGCACUUGUGCAAGCGCAAGGUGGAGCCCCCUGAGCUGCCAGAAGACUUGAAGCACUGGAUCACCUACAAUGAGACCAGCAGCCAGCUGCUCCGUGCCGAGAGUGGGCUCAGUGACAGAAAGGACCAGUGACUGCACACCCUCCCUGCACUGCCUGUCAGCCAGUCCAUUCCACAGAACGGGCCGCCUGGACUACACUCCCAGACAGAGUGGCCAUGGACAAGCCUGGCUCCUUUUACCCGCUUGACGCUCCUCUGUGCUUGCCUCAUCUUGGGCAGCUGGUGGGGUGGACAUUGUUGUCCCUGCCCAGCUUGUGCCCAGAAUGCUCAGGAUCCCGGAGCAGAAGGGAUGGCGGCACAGAACCCGAAGUCAGGGCUGCUUGUGGCUCAGCAGGCCAGAGGAGUCCUGGUUAUGGCUGGGGCCCUUGUGGCCUGGCUCUGGGGCCUGCAGCUUACUCAGGGACAGUGGGCCCUCUGGAGGGUCACCUUAUAGCAAGGAAGAUAGGCUAGGCCCCAGCCCAAGAGCCCCUGAGAACACAGAAGGGCAAGCAGAAGCUGGUCCUUGGCUAAGAUUCUGGUGAUAGCCACCACUCUUGAUAUACCCUGUCUAGUCAGGUCACCAAGGCCAGGAGCCCUGGUGUAGGGGGUCCCGUGACCCUGCCUAGCACCUGCCCUAUCAGCUCAGGUAGAGGACAGCUGCUUGAAGCUAGGAACUGCCUCCAUGCUACCUCUCUGGGAACCACACCUGGAGUCAGAGCCAAAAGCUUCAGUGAUGUCCUGAUCUUCCCCUCCUCCCCCCCAGCCCCCGUGCUGCUCUGCUUGCCUUAGUGCUAUCAAGGCUGCAAUGUGUUUUAUUUAAGGAAAGCACAAGAUUAAAAGAGUUUUAAAGGCA